AAGAACAUCCCACGAAGGCACGAAGGCGAGAGCUCAAUCAUACCCGUUUUCCAGGAAAGGACUAGUUGUAUUUGAAACGGCUUACAAUUUUUAGAAUUGGGACAAGUUGUAAUUGAAAACAAGGAUUACAAACAGUGAGAUUCGAUUAAUCGAAUCGGAAGUUUCAGUUUUCUCUCGAAAUUGUAGAACCAGAUCUCCGAUUUUGACCUUGUUCUUCUCCGAUCUUUGCGGCUGAUACGGAUCACGAUUUCAAUCGGGUUCCUUUGUUUUUCUUCUUGUUGAAUGGCGUCCAGUUCUAACAGAGGUGGUGGCUACUAUGGUGCUGAUCCAUAUAGAUCCAGAGAAGGACUUAGCACCAGACAAGGGGCCGGCUCUGAUGAAAUUCAACUGCGUAUUGAUCCAAUGCAUGCGGAUCUGGAUGAUGAGAUCAGUGGCCUCCGAAAGCAAGUUAGACAGUUAAAAAAUGUGGCAUCAGAGAUUGAGUCAGAGGCCAAGUUUCAGAAUGACUUUAUUAAUCAGCUGCAAAUGACACUUAUAAAAGCACAAGCAGGAGUGAAGAACAACAUGAGGAAAUUAAACAAAAGCAUUGUUCAAUCUGGUUCAACCCAUGUUCUGCAUGUUGUUCUCUUUGCUCUUUUUUGUCUAAUGCUCGUUUAUUUCUGGUCUAAAUUUUCAAGAAGAUGAGCUCACCUUUUAUUAUUAUAUUCCUUUCAUGAAAAAAGACAGAAUAGCAAAUACUACCUAAAAAGCAACCGUGUUUUGUUUCAUAUUAUAACUUACUUCUGCAUAACUCUAUAAAACCAUAAAGUCAGUAAAGUUUUCCUCUC